AUGUGUUACAUCGCCUCGGACUUGCUGGCCGCCCUUCGGGGCAACUCCUCUCCUAGCACCAAAGACAUCAAGACGGUAGUAGACAGUGUGGACAUGGAGACAGACGAUGACCAGCUCAACAAGGUCAUCAGUGAGCUGAAUGGAAAAGACAUUGACGAUGUCAUUGCUCAGGGUGUUGGCAAGCUUGGCAGUGUGCCUGCUUGUGGGGCUGUGGCUGUUUCUGCUGCCCCUGGCUCUGCAGCUCCUGCUGCUAGUUUUGCCCCCGCAGUAGCAGGGGAGAAGAAAAACAUGGGAUUUGGCUUGUUUGAUUAAAUUCCUGCUCUCCUGCAAAUAAAACCUUUUUCUACAUAUCUACAUAUCUUGAAAAAAAAUACUGUAGGGACUUAUGAUAGUUUUGUGCACAAACCUGAAAGAUUCUAAGUCAGUAUAAGGUAUAAAUACUUGCACAUACAUCUUUAUCUUUAAUUAUUUUAUUGCAAGGAAUAAAAUAUGUUUAUGCAUGUUUACAGCUGUGCAUGGACACACACAUGCAUACCUAAAGGUUAGAGGGACAUAUACAGUAACUUGUUCUCCCCUUCUAC